ACCAUGCAGCCCAUAGUUCUGUUGACUUUCAGCUGCCUGUUCUGGUGCUCCCAUGCCCUCAGCAUUGACUGCGAGAACCCAGAGGCCAUCAAUGAGGAGCACAUCCACUGUUGCUGCAAGCAUCCCGACGGCCACAACGACCUCAUCGAGAAGUGCGCCAAGGAGACGGGCUUCCAGCUGCCCAGCCAGACGGAGGAGGCAAUGGUGGACAUCACAGCGGAUCGGGCCAUACGUGGCACCUGCUUCGGCAAGUGUGUCUUUGGCAGCCUGAACUUCAUCAAGGACGAGCAGGUGGACAUGGAGGCGGUGCGCAAAUACUUCGGCUCCAAGUUUGCCGACGAUCCGGAGUAUGCCAAGGAAAUGAUUAACGCCUUUGAUCAUUGUCACGGGAAGAGCGAGGAAAACACUUCCAAGUUCCUGUCCAAGCCCAUCUUCCGCCAGAUGUCCCAUCAGUUCUGUGAGCCCAAGUCGAGCGUGGUCCUGGCCUGCGUCAUUCGUCAGUUCUUCCACAAUUGCCCCGCCGAUCGUUGGUCCAAGACGCAGGAGUGCGAGGACACUUUGGCAUUCAGCAAGAAGUGCCACGACGCUUUGGCCACGCUCUAAACGUGUCUGG